AUGGAGAAUGCUUCUCCAAGUCCACCAUCCUCGAAAGGUUUGAGGAAAGGACCUUGGGCUGAAAACGAAGAUCAACUUCUUAGGAAAUGUAUAGAAAAGCAUGGUGCAGGAAAAUGGGGUCAAGUUCCUCUUAGAGCAGGUCUAAAUCGAUGUCGGAAAAGCUGUAGACUGAGGUGGUUGAACUAUCUGCAACCAAAUCUCAAAAGAGGAGAGUUUGAAGCAGAUGAAGCUGAUCUCAUUACCCGAAUGCAUAACCUUCUUGGGAACAGAUGGUCCCUUAUUGCGGGUAGAGUUCCAGGAAGAACAGCAAAUGAUAUCAAAAACUACUACAACACUCACUUGAAGAAAAAGUGUUCCUCUAAACACAGCCAGAAGAACCAACAAAACAAACGUAGACGUCCUCCUCAUCAGAAUAAUGAUACGAUGGUGCCAAAAGUUUUAAGACCUCAACCUCGAACCUUCUCCAAGACACCUCAGUGGAUCAUAAAUAAAGAAUCAACACCAAUACCAGGGAUGAUGAAUGAUAACAACAAUCUUAAAACCACAACAACUAGAUUGCCUAGUCCUGAUAGCACUAAUCAUGAAGAUCAUGAGUUAACAAACAAUUCUUUGUUACCGGCCGUUAAUCAUCUUGAUCUAUUCUCAUCAAAAAAUGUUAGCAGUAGUGAUGAUUACUACUGUAACUUUGAUAAUGAUCAGAGGUUAAAAGAAGUUGGAGAUUACCUGAACAAUGAAGUUGGCGAUUACUUGAACAAUGAUGACUUGUAUCUGGAUGAUGAUCUCUGGAUAAUGUUAGGGGAAAAUCAAGAUGGACAGGUUUCACUUUCACAGGGUAAGACAAAGGGAAAAUAUUCAAGGAACAAUCCAACUCAGAAAUUGAAAUUGUUAACCAAGGGUAAGUUCAACAAAAUCUUUGCUUUUAAUCAUGUGAAAUAUUCUUAUGGAGCGGAGAAAGAGAAGAAAAAGGUUAGAGAUUUGUUGGAUGAUGCUAUUGUUUUGGAUUAUGUUGUUCCUAAUUCACUGUCUAGUGUUAAUAUUUGA